GACAGUAUUGAAGACAAAUGAAUGACAGAGAGUGGCGAGAAAGAUUUGCACGCGGGAGGAUUGGUGAGCAUGUCAAUAAUGUUUUCGCCGGAGUGUGACUAGUGUGAGAAGUAAAAAAAAUUGCACACGUUCUAAAAAGUGAAAAGACAAAACAAUGUUGUCCACGGUCGCUGUAACCGGCAGGCGAGCAUUGUCCCAAAGUGGUCGACGAACCUUCUACUCAACAAAUUCAUUGAGGAAUUUGAGGAAUUCUGUGGCUCUUGGUUCAAGGGGACCUGCAUCAGUGAGGUUGCUCUCAUCAGCUAAACGCCUUUCACAUGGUAGCUGUUAUCCUGCCUUGUCGUCGUGGCAAAAGUCUUUUAGCUCCUCGUCGGCACAUGCUAAUGCGCCAGAGGAGUCGGAGCAGCAGGAUAAGCCUACCCCGGAGAGUUCUGACUAUCACAAUAUUAUUAAAAAUGAGGAAAAGGCAACCGGAAAUGCUGAAAAACGUGAGUUCCAGGCAGAAACGAAGAUGCUCUUGGAUAUCGUGGCGAAAUCUCUGUAUUCCGAAUCAGAGAUUUUCAUCCGUGAAUUAAUCUCAAAUGCUAGCGACGCGUUAGAAAAAUUCCGAUACUUAAGCAUGUCGGAUGGUAGUAUGGAGAAUUCAGACAGGGCGUUAGAAAUACAUUUGGCGACUGAUAAACAUAAUAGAACGUUGACUUUUCAGGAUACAGGAGUGGGAAUGACAAAGGAGGAACUAAUAGAUAAUUUGGGAACUAUUGCGAAAUCAGGAUCAAAAGCCUUCCUCGAGCAGCUGCAACAAUCUAAAGGUGCAAAUACAAUGGACUCAGGUUCCAUCAUUGGGCAAUUCGGCGUAGGAUUUUACUCUGCCUUCAUGGUUGCGAAUAAUGUUGAAGUAUUUACAAAAUCUUCAAAACCUGGAUCUAUUGGUUAUAAAUGGGCAUCGGAUGGAACUGGAGAGUAUCUUCUUCAAGAAGCUGACCUUGUUCAACCUGGCACUAAAAUUGUCCUUCACUUGAAGACGGACGAUAGGCAUUUCAGCGACGAAGAGACAGUUUUAUCUGUUGUAAAAAAAUACAGCAACUUUGUAGGCAAUCCUAUAUUUUUAAAUGGACGACAAAUUAAUACCGUACAGGCAUUAUGGUUGAUGGAUCCCAAAAAAGUGACACCUGAAAUGCAUGAUGAAUUCUACCAUUUCAUUGGUGGUGCUUAUGACCGACCACGAUUCGUGCUGCAUUUUAAUACCGACGUCCCUUUAAGUUUGCGAUGCGUCUUGUAUGUUCCUGAAGGCAAACCAGGAUUGUUCGAAAUGAGUAAAGAUGCAAAAGUUGGAGUCAGUUUAUACUGUCGGAAGAUUAUGAUUAAGAACAAAGCUGAUAACAUAUUUCCAAACUGGUUGCGGUUUAUGAAAGGAGUAGUGGAUUCUGAAGAUAUUCCGUUAAAUUUGUCAAGAGAGAUUUUGCAAGACGGUUCUUUGAUUAGAAAAUUGAGGACGGUCGUUAUAAAUAAAAUUGUUCGGUUCUUAUAUGAAAAGUCUCAAAAGGAGCCGGAAUCAUAUGCAAAAUUCCACAGCGAAUACUCCAUAUUUCUAAAGGAAGGAAUUAUUGUAGAACCAGAACAAGUUUUAAAAGAAGAAAUUGCCAAGUUGAUAAAGUUUGAGUCAUCUGCCAAGCCUGCCCAAGAACUUGUCAGCCUUCCAGAAUAUAUUAAUCGAAUGCAACCAGCUCAGAAAGAUAUAUAUUAUCUUGCAGCUCCAAGCCGAGAACUAGCUGAACGUUCUCCUUACUUUGAAGCCUUGAAAGAGAAAAACGUAGAAGUACUAUUCUGCUUCCAGCCCUACGACGAGAUGGUUAUCUUACAACUCCGUCAAUUCGAUCGAAAACCUUUGACUUCAGUGGAAAAGGAGAUGAGACAAAUGAAAGAUGAUGUGAACUUGGAUUCCUUACCUCUUGGUACACUGGAUAAAAGUGGAGCAGAGAGCUUGUUAUCCUGGCUGACAAGCACUCUCAAGGGCCGGGCACAUUCUGUGAAAUUUACUCAAAAACUGGAAAAUCACGCUUGCUUAGUUUCAGUUGAGGAAAUGGCUGCGGCACGACACUUUGUGAAGACACAGUUUGCAACAAUGACACCUGAAGCUCGAUACUCUAUCCUGCAACCUCGUUUCGAAAUCAACGUCAAACAUCCCCUGAUACAAAAAUUAGGCAAGAUUAAAGACUCGGAUCCUGAGUUAGCACGCAUGGUAGCGGACCAGUUAUUUUCAAACGCAAUGGUGACUGCAGGGUUAGAAGACGACCCACGACUUAUCGUUAAUAACUUGACACAACUUCUUACUAAAGCGUUGGAAAAACAUUAGGAGGAGGCGUUUAUUUAGCGUAGCGUUUUAAAUUUAAAUCAUUAUUAUAUUUAUACCGUAGAAAUUCUAUAGUUUAACAAAGCUAAAUAAAAAGCUGUAUACUUUACUAUUAACAUGAA